GAAUCGGUAGAGGCUCAUCAGCUGACGAGAAUGCCUCAAAGAUGUCUUGUUACUAACAGUGAGCGACAACGACGACGCAGUGGUGCGUAGGUGUCCGGGGGUUGUUUGGACCCUACGGGGGUGAAAGACGAUUAAGGGUUUAAGGAUGUUCUGCGCGGAGGGCUCGUCGUCGAAAGGCAGCUUUCUGCAGCAGAAGAAAGCUGCACGCGAGGAUCGGGCCCACGAAAAGCGCAGAGAAGUCGCGGCCACUAUAAUCCAGGCCCACUUCCGCGCUUGGCUGGCACGCGAACGGUUCACUAAGCAAAUAUUAAAAGAGUUUGAUAAGCAUUUUCCCGAUGACAUUGGCACCGACAAUACAACAGUGGAAUUGAAGCCUGCUCUAGAAGUGUACAAAAUCAUUUCUAGAUUUUUGCUAAUAUUUAAAAGAGAUAAGGAUCAAGAGAGAAUAGAGAGAGUGUGUAGAUACCUUGUGCUGACUCUUGAUUCCGAGUCUCCAAAGAUAUCUUACGUGGGAUUGGCGCUCAAUAAGGACUACUACAUAUCAUGGAUUUUACAAAUGAAGACAGUUCUGUACCAUUGUCUUUCUGGCUUGGACAGCCUGAAGCCAGAGAGAGUAUCAGACCACAAAUCGAUAUUGCUGCGACUGCAUACUUUGGUCAGCUUUACGUCUCCGGGAACAUGGGCCAUACAGAAAGUGAAGGGCAUGGACCAACUGAAGACUGGCAUGAAUCAACUGUGUGCGAAUAUCAUGGGCCACUUAGUUAACAAUGGAUUUUACGCCACCAUGCAGGCUCUGUUGAUGAAGGGACUAGGUAGAGCAAAACUUGCUCUGAAACCAGUUGCACUUUCAGCUGCGGUUACUCUGACACUGAGACCACUAAUUUCAUCACAGAUGUCUGACAAGCUGGUGUCUCUCUUUCUAAUUAACAUCUUUAGCGUGCCAGCUCUGGUCCAUCAUUUGAAUACAUUUUCACCAGAGUGCAUUUCAUCGUUCAUAACGAACAAUAUGUUUGCGAGAAGUUUGGAGCUGUUGAAUUCCGAGCAGAAUUUGAGGAUUGUUUUUAACGCUUUGGAAGGUAGCUACGCGCUUUGUUUGCUCGCUAAUUUAAUACAACUGGCAAAUAUCGAGAGGGAAGAAGUACUGAGGGAACUUUGCUUUCCUUCUUUUACGUUUGUUGUGACGAGGAUGCUGGAAGCAUGUCAGCAAUACGUAGUCGCCAAAAAGAGUAACUUGACGCACUGGCAUCCCGUAUUAGGCUGGUUUGCACAGACGAUUGACACCUCAUUGCACGAUGCAACUCCUUUCGUUAAAGUACAACUGGCCUAUCUCUGGACCGGCAGGAUUGUCACGUAUUUAAUUGAGCAGCCACUAAUCGAGCUAGUCGAAAAAGAAGUGCCACCGUCGAUAGAAUACCAAAGCACUUCUUCCGUGGGUGCCAACAUCUUUCGACGUGCGUUUCUAGAAGCUCGCACUAAUAGAAACAACAGUACCAAGAAUUACAGAAAACUGGGCAGUCCUGAGGCUACCAAGAUAGCAUUGAUCUGUUCGCUGUAUCAAACAGCGUUGCAUACGCUUACGCAGAUGAAAAUCGAAAUAUUGACUGGAUUAUGCUACCAAGGUAAAAUUCUAUACCACAUGUGGUUGUUUUUAACUACUCUGGGGCCGCAUUGCGGCCUGAAGACAUUUCUAGACCUCUUGGCAGCCAACACGAAAUGCACGGCGCCCGAAUUUCAAAUGUUGAUACUAUUUGCCGAUUGUAUGACACAUUACGUUACCAUUCUGGAUGACAUGGAGAUGUACGAGCAACAAGAUCCGUUUAAGCUCACAGAUUUCAUCAGCAUGUCCUACUUCCUGAAUCAAUUCUUAUACAAAGCGAUUCUUACUAAUUUAUUCGAUGUCAAGUCGGUAUCCAGCAAUUCCCUGUUUAUCUCGCUUUACAUUCUUUUAAUGGCAAUCUAUCGACGUGACUGCCGCAGAGCGUUCUGUCCAGAUAAUCACUGGUUGGCUAAGGAGGCACGAUUGUCCGGCUUUUUAAUAGACCUAGAGAAGGGUCGACGCGGCGCAGCGCUUUUAUUCUCGAAGAUGCCUCACGUUAUCCCUCAUUCCGACCGAGUCUUAUUGUUUCGCAGGCACAUAGCCGACGAAAAGGCGGUUCUCGGCUUGACUGAGAGUGCUUGUAACAGUCCGCCAACUACACUCAUCAUCGUGCACAGAACGCGAAUAGUCGAGGAUGGGUACAGACAGCUAGCCAUGUUGCCGUCACAAGCAUUGAAGGGUGUGAUCAGGGUGCGUUUCGUGAAUGAGCAGGGCCUGACCGAGGCUGGUAUCGAUCAGGACGGAGUCUUUAAGGAAUUUCUCGAAGAGACGAUAAAGCGAGUGUUUGAUCCAUCCCUGAAUUUGUUUAAAGCCACCAGCGAGAACCGGCUCUAUCCUUCUCCCACAUCCUUUAUGCAGGACAAUCACCUACAGCUGUUCGAAUUUGUCGGGCGAAUGCUUGGCAAAGCUGUUUACGAGGGCAUCGUCGUGGAUGUGCCUUUUGCAUCGUUUUUCGUGUCGCAAUUUUCCGGGCAAACGGGUGGUGCUUUGUACAGCUGGUUGGACGAGCUCGCUUCAUUGGAUCGAGAUCUUUAUCGCAGUUUAACUCUGGUGAAACAUUACAAGGGCGAUAUACAGCAACUAGAGCUGACGUUUUCGCUCGAUGAGGACGUACUCGGUAAAUUGGUCACCCACGAAUUGAUCCCUAACGGACGUACUACUCCCGUGACCAAUCAAAAUAAGAUUCAGUAUAUCCAUCACAUGGCGCACUACAGAAUGUAUCAUCAGAUCAAGGAGCAAACAACUGCCUUCAUUAAGGGAUUCCGCUCGAUCAUCAAUCCCGAGUGGCUGUCGUUGUUCUCGACACCUGAGUUACAGAGAUUAAUCUCGGGCGAUAACGUUCCUUUGGACUUGCAAGAUUUACGAAAGCACACACAAUACUACGGCGGUUUUCACGACAGUCACCGAGUGGUAUGUUGGUUGUGGGAUAUUUUGGAGAAAGAUUUUACAGAAGAUGAAAGAGGAUUAUUCCUAAAGUUUGUGACGAGUUGCUCGAAAUCACCGUUACUGGGUUUCGCUAAUCUGGAGCCACCUUUCUCCAUACGAUGUGUGGAAGUCUGCGAUGAUGAGGACACAGGCGACACAAUAGGUAGUGUAAUCAGGGGUUUCUUCACGAUACGCAAGAAGGACCCGCAAAAUCGACUGCCGACCUCAUCGACGUGCUUCAAUCUGCUUAAACUGCCGAAUUACCAAAAAAAGAGCACGCUACGAGAAAAGCUACGCUAUGCUAUCACCAGCAACACCGGUUUCGAACUCUCGUAGAUGGUCUUGCAAUUCCAUCCCAAAUAUGGAAAGAUGACAAGCAAGUUUAUUUGUGAAUUUGAAUAGAAAUAUCGCAGAACGAUUCGCGACAAAUCGAAAUGAAAUGAAAUUUGAUCAGCAUACAUAAGGAUAAAAAGUUGGCACGAUCAAUACCCCGAGUUGAUUUUAUAAAAUAAUGUUGAAUGCUGCCUAAACCGCCCUUAUCCCGACCUAUAAUUCAUAUCUCGAUAAAGCGCGUCGUUAUUUCAACGUCGUUAUUAUUGAUUUCCAAAUCCGAAUGUUGAAAAGAGAUUUUAGAGGCAUCAUGAUCUUCUUUUGAACAACAUUUCGACUUUGGUACAUAAAUGGAAGAAUGUACAAUGUAAGAAUUAUAUAAUAUGAGCUCGCGAAGAAAUAAUUGUUAGUUAUAUACAUAUAUAUAUACUUAAAAGAAUUUCUUCAUACGACAAGGGCUAAGUAUUUUAGGAUCAAGCUUGAUCACGACGUUUCUUUUUGCGAUUUGGAUACACGCACACA